CCGCCACGCGCUCGCGAACGCGGACCCGGAGGACCUGAGGCCGCUGGGCAUCCGCGGCGACGACGUCGACCGCGUGAAGACCAAGGCCGUCCAGGAGCUGCCGGACCUCGAGGACGAGGAGCUCGACGAGAUGCAGCGGGUCGUCGACGAGAAGGACGCGCAGGAACGAGCCGCGGCGGCCUCGGCGUUGAUGAACACGGAGGACGGCGACUUCGAAUUCGACUUCACGGGGUCGGACCCGACGGCGGAGCUCAAGACGGACAAGUCGGGCAUCGAGUACGGGCCCCAGGCGGUGACGCACCUACGCGAGGACAAGGGCCGCGCGCGCGCGAACACGAACAUCCGCGCGCACUACCACCACGCGAACCGCAUGAGCAUGGCCCAGGUCUCGGAGCUGGCGAACGAGUACUCAUAA